UUUAAAUUUUACAAAAUGUCUAGCAAAUUAAAAACAAAUUCAAAGGGAAUUUUAGGUGUUCGGAAAUCAGUUUAUAAGCAAAUCCGUCCGUUUAGUCGUUACUCAGAACAGUUCCCUUCAGACGAUAGUGAUUCUGACUAUGAGCCAGACGAGCCAGACUGCUCUGGCGGAGAUUCAAUGCCAGUCAAGAAGAAAGCUGUGAAAGACAGAGUAAAAAACACCAAAACAAUACAAAAGCAGACAAUUAGCACUCGUGCUGUUUCAAAGAAACCUUGUGAAGAAGAAACAGCAAAGACUUUGGAAACAUUUUCGAAAGCUUGGUCUGAUAUAAUACCUUGUGAAAUUUUGCUGCAGAUCUUUGCAUUUUGUGUAAAAAGUCAAGGAGCCAUUCCACUAUUAUGUAGGUUAUCCAAAGUUUGUAGAAGGUGGAACAGCAUGUCAAAGGAACCAAGACUUUAUUCAAAGGUAGACCUCAGCAGUAUUGGGAAAUACAGCAUUGCAAGUGAUUCUUUAAUAAAACAGUUACUAUCCAGAGGUAUGUCUGGUGCUGAGGAGCUUAAUCUUGAUGGAUGGAUGAAGCUAACUGACAAGGGACUUGAGAAUGUGGUUAAGACCUGUAAAAACCUCAGGUUCUUGUCCCUCUCCAACUGUGAGAGACUCUCUCCAAAGUUUAUGAAUAUCCUGGGUGAUGAAGACUGCCCAAGGCUUUCAAGUAUAGAUGUUUCAUCUACUAAAGUUGAUCAUGGAUCAUUAAGAAAUGUUUUAACCAAAUUUGGGAAUGRCUUGAAAGAAUUGGUGCUGAGAAAUUGUAAGGGGUUCCCAGGCUCCAUUCUUCUACCCAUGAUUCAGGAAUUUUGCCCCAAUAUUCAGCAUCUUGAUCUGUCUGGUACUCUUGUUAGACAGAUCAAAAUUGAAAUCCUUCAGGAAAAUUGUCCAAAGCUGAGAACAUUAUUACUUGCAAACCUGUGGCCUCAACCAUGUUACAUUUAUUCUAGACAUACAAAAACGGGUGGAGCAAAUGGUUUUCCUGAUCUUGAACAUCUCUCACUUGCAUGUGAUAAUCAAGCGGGAAUAGCUAUUAAUGACGCAUUGAUUACCAGAUUACUGAAGACUUCAAGCAAGCUUCGAGUGUUGGACAUAAGAGGUUGCAGUAGAGUCACAAUUAAGGCCAUCAAGAAUCUCUGCGCAACAUCUCUAGAAACACUGUACCUAGCCAGUACUGAUGCCAAUAUUACCAUGGUAACAGCUGUAAUAACCAAGUGGAAUUACAGUCUUCAAUAUCUUGAUCUUGGUAAUAAUCCCAUACGAGACGAUACCCUACUACUAUUCCAAAGAUACCCACUUCAGAAUUUGAAGAGUCUCGAUUUAACAUCUACAGGAGUCACUGUUACAGGAAUAGGGUUCAUUUUGAAAAACUGCACAAAGCUUGAAGAUCUGAACCUUUCAUCCUGUCGCGGAAUACCACGAGGUUUCAAGAAACGACACAUCGGACAAUGUUUUGCCAAGCUAACCAAUGAAAUAAUUCAUGUACCGUUUCCCAGCUAAUCAAAUAUUUAGUGUACUUUGCUAUAUCAAACUUGGUGUUUAAUAAAAUAAAAAUAUUGGCUAAUAUUAA